AUGGUUACCAAGGCGAGGUCCUCGAUCUCCCUGAAAGACUUAGGGAUCGAGGACCUCAAGCCGAGGAGGGCUGUAACGGGGGCCCUCAUAUGGGAGAUCGGAGGCCCGGAGAAGAACGCAAAGGCCGAUUUGCUUGCGGAGAAGCUGUCGGCCGUGCUCGCGGACCGGGACGAUGUUAAAGUGUCACGGCCCGCAAAGAGCGCCGAAAUCCGGGUCACCGGUCUCGAUGAUUCGGCCACCUCCACGGAGGUGGCCGAAGAACUCGCCAAACUUGGCGAGUGUCCCCCACAAGAAAUUAAAGUGAGGGACAUCCGGAGGGCCCCCAAUGGUCUAUUUACGGCUUGGGUGAGGUGUCCCGUAGUGGCGGCCAAGCGCCUGGUGGCCACCCCACGCGUCAGAGUGGGGUGGUCGACCUGUCUCGCACUGCUGCCGGCCAGAGGCCUCCAGUGCUAUAGAUGCCUGGAGGCCAUGUACAGCAGCAGUGCAAAAGCACUACUGACAGGUCGGGAUGCUGUUUCCGGUGCGGGGGCAUCAGCCACGCGGCCAACCAAUGCCGCGAAAAGGCCGAUUGCCCCGCGUUCCGGGAACUAG